GUUAGCAUUCACCCCGCUACCUUUCAUCUCUGUCCUUGCUUUCGUCUAUUCCUUCUCUGCAACUCAUUCUCACAGAGUUUUUGCUAAAAUGCGCUAUAUGCGUAUCGAGCAGUGACGAUUUCGGAUCUUUCAAAACAGGUGAGAGGGAAAAAAUGGCCAAUUGGAUCUCCUCGAAACUCAAAGUCGCUGAGACCUUCUUUGAACAGAUCGAUCAGCAAGCGGCGGAGUCGUUGAAGAAGAACGAGAAUCCAUCGCGAUCUGAGGAUAAAAAAUUUCAUGUACCUACAAAAACGGGAGGAGGAGUAGGUGCUGGUGCUGGUGCUGGUGGAACGGUGUCGUUGAAGGACCAGUUGAAAAAGAAAACAACUCAUGAAACGAUCAAUAGUAAUGGCCAUGAAUAUUUUGGAAAAUUGAGUACUGAUCCUAACGUUAACAAUGUCAGUGAUGUUAGUAAUGUUAGUAGUAAUAGCAAUGGAGAAGAUAAGGAGAUUGCAAAUGCCCCAAAACCUUCUGCAAAAACUAGGCCUACCCUUACUGAUAGUGACUGGACUGAGCUUCUUAGUACUCCAACUCAGGCUUCUCCUUCAUUUCCUUCGAAUCGCAGUAAUGGGGUAUCUGCGAUUCGAGGGUUGAGGAAGGAUGGAGGUCGGAGGCAGGGGAGUUCUGGUUCAAAUUUGUCAGUGCUAGAGGGGAAGAUGAAUCUGAAGAGUAGUGGAGGAGUUAAGUCUAAGAAGAGAUUGGAUGUUGCAUUGGGAAAUAGGUUAAACGGGAAACCGAGUGAUGAGGAAGAGUCUACAUCUUCUGCAAGGUCUUCCAGUGUUGAAUUGCAGAGUGACGCGAAGAAUUUGGAUAGGGAAGAAGUGGAUCAUAAGGACAUUGCUGUUAAUCUCAAGGAAAAACAGAGCAAUAAGGGAUAUGAGAGAAAUGGGGGGCUUUCUGAAUCUAAGGAUAUAUCUGAAGAGAAUAUUUUACGAGGGGGAAAGGGUCAUUCUUUGGAAAUGUCAUCGGUAUCGGAGAGUCUUGGUACGGCAUCUGAUGUGAAGAAGGGAGUGAGCAAUGUUUAUGAUAGACUGAGAAGUACUGUAAAGGGGAAGAAUAGAUCUGGUAGUGCAUCUAGAAGUUCUGUCUCAGAUGAUUUGAAGAAAGGUUCUUCAACAAGUGAUGCAGGGUCCGAUUCAGACAGUGAUUCAGUGGCAACAUCUGAUUCUGACAAUGAACAAGAGAGGGAGAUGAGAGAGAAGAUUUUGGCUGAGAAAGCAGCAGCUAAAGCUGUGGAGAUCAUCAAAGAGCAGGAGAAUAUGGUUGCCAGAUUAGAAGGAGAGAAACAAAGCUUGGAGAAAAUAUUGGAAGAACGAGCAAAACAGCAAGCACAGGAGGCUUCAGAGCUUCAGACAACCAUGAUGGAAACAAUGGAGGCUGUUGAUUUGGAAAAGCGGAAACAUAAUAAUACGAGAAUGGAAGCCCUAGCUCGCUUGGCUAAACUGGAGACUGCAAAUGCUGAUCUUGCAAGAUCCCUUGCUACUGCACAGAAGAAUCUUGAGAUGGAGAUUAAUCGGGUUGCAGAACUUCGACAACAGGUUGAGUUGAAAGAAGUGGCUCAUGAAGAACUCCUCAGUAGGAAGGUCUCCAAGACUCACCAAACUGGGACAUAUCUAAACCAAGCAGCAGCUUCCAAAGGAAUUGAAUUUGAAAGGGAUAUACUUGAAGCAGAGUACUCCUUUUUAACCGAUAAAAUUGGGAAACUGGAAGAUAAGGCAAAGAAGCUGGAAGCAAAUGUUGAAAUGACAAGGAAGGAUAUAGAGGAUCCAACAGAAGUAGAAAUUGAGCUUAAGAGAAGGCUUGCUCAGUUGACUGAUCAUUUAAUUCAGAAACAAGCCCAGGUUGAGGCACUCUCCUCAGAGAAGGCAACCCUUUUAUUCAGAAUAGAGGCAGUUUCAAGGUUGCUUGACGAAAAUAGGUCAAUUCCAAGGGAUGUGGAAUCAGGGACAUGGGAGACCCCUAAUUCAAAGUUAAGACCUCUAUUGGAGGACAAAAUUCGAUCAGGAAGUGAACAUUUGGGAUCACUGCUUCAGCAGUUGGAUGCGAUUUUCGUGGCCGGUGCAGUGUUUGUAAGGAGAAAUCCAACAGCAAAAUUAUGGUCCCUGCUUUACCUUGUAUGCCUACACUUUUGGGUCAUUUACAUUCUUUUUACACAUUCACAAGCCUCAAAUGAGAGCAGAUCUGGUGCUGUUAUAUCCUUGGAAAACAUCAAUAACACUGCAGCUUUGUAAUUUGUGUUUAUGGUGUUCUUUUACCCCAAUUUCUUUUUGCCUCAGCUUUUAGGAGGUGUGCAUUUGCCCUGGGGUGUAAUUUGUGUAGUUUUCUCUUAACGUCCAAUAAGACGAUGCAUCACUAGGAUUGUAACUUGUAACUAUUUGCAUAUCAACCAGAGAAAGUAAUAUAAUCUAUUCAAUUUUUCUUUUUAA